AUGGACGCGCUCAUCGCAAAGGCGGAUGCGAUUCAAAUACUCUCGAACGAUAAGAAACGAAAACGCCAUGCCAGCGGGAGCAGCCACCCACCAAAAUACAAUCAGGCCAAGGCGUCGUCCUCAAAAACCUCAAAGUCUGCUGGCGGCCAGGACAAAACACUCACCUCCGUCGCCGCGCGCACGGCUCUCCCUAAAUCACUCCGAAAUGCGGACGACGAUCCAGCCCUGGAAGGCGUGUCGAGCCACUCGCACAUCAAAAACCUCAAGCUCCGCGCGCAGCUCAACCGCACCGCACAACAUGCCGCGCGGGCCAAGAGCAUGCGCGAUGACGCGGAGCUGCUCCUCACGAACGAUGGUGGGCGGCUGCACGUCGAGAAUGAUAUGGAGCGGACUUGGCGGGUCGGUCAGGACGAGAUUGCGCAGGGGGCGGGCGGGGAGGCUGCGAAAGGGAGGAAGGAGUGGAGGUUGGAUGGGGGCCCUUAUAGGUGUCGGUAUACCCGGAACGGGAGACAUAUGGCGAUUGUGGGCAAGUCGGGACACGUCGCGACGUUUGACUGGCAGACGGGGACGAUGCACUCGGAGCUGCAGCUCCAGGAGACUUGUCGGGAUAUAACCUUCCUCCAUGACCACUCGUUCUAUGCCGUUGCACAAAAGAAGUACGCCUUCAUCUACGACCGGGACGGCGUCGAGAUCCACCGGCUGAAAUCGCACAUCGAACCUACACGACUCGAGUUCUUGCCCUUCCACUGGCUGCUCGCUAGCGUUGGAAACAACUCAAGUCUGACAUACCAAGAUACCUCAACAGGGGCUAUCGUCGCGACGCAUCGCACCAAACUCGGACCAACCGUCUCCCUGGGUCAAAAUCCGCAUACCGGUGUCCUCUGCCUGGGACACACCAACGGGCAGGUUACGCUUUGGACGCCGAACCUCCCGCAUCCCGCCGUCCAGUUGCUUGCGCACGUCGGACCAGUUGUUUCACUCAGCGUUGACCCUGGUGGGUCGUUUGCCGGAAGUGGAAGCACAGGUGUUGGCGGUGGGGAAGGAGGGCGGUAUCUCGCGACGAUGGGUCAAGACGGGAUGGUCAAGGUGUGGGACUGUCGGAACUGGAAGGGAGAGGUACGCUCGUGGCGGGCAAGAGGCGGGCCAGGAGAGGUCGAGUGGAGCGCCCGAGGCGCGUUGGCGGUGGCAACGGGUGGAAGCGUGAAUAUCUACACGAAGCCCACCUUGACAACGUCGAAUUCCGCCCCGCCCCCUCUCUACCUCACCCACCCGGUCCCCUCGCGCCCACUCAGCGGCCUCCGCUUCUGCCCCUACACAGACGUCCUCACCAUCGGACACUCCGCGGGCCUCUCCUCCAUCCUCGUUCCCGGCGCUGGCGAACCCAACUUCGACAGCUCCGAAGCCGAUCCGUUCGAGCGCUCGAAGGCCAGGCGCGAGCGCGAGGUGCGCACGCUGCUCGAGAAGGUCGCGCCCGACGCGAUCACGCUCGACCCCGAUACCAUUGGACGGAUGGCGACGGAGAAGAAGCUGACGACUGCGGUGAACGAGACGCACGAUAUUCCGUUCUUGAAGCUGCCGAGAAUGGAGAGGUUGAGGGUGCAGGGGAGGGCGGAUGAGACGGAUAUGGAUGGAAUGGAUGAGGACGGGAAUGGAGAGGAGAAUGGAGAAGGCGGGGCCAAUGGCAAGAAGCAGUCGAGAGAGGAGAGGGAGAAGCGGAAGCAGCGAGGGAAGGGCAAGAGUUUGAAGCGAUACCUGCGCAAGCAGCGGAAGAAUGUGGUGGACCCAACGGCGGUCGCGAUCCGCGCAAAACUGGACAAACAACGGGCAGAGAAGCAGCUUGCGCGCAAGAUCGAGAAGGGCGAGAUAGUGCCACGAAAACCGUCCGCACUGGAUCGGUUCAGGAAGUAG